AUGAUCAUUGACGACAGAUCAAGAUCUCUCGACGUUGUGAGAGUAUUAUUAUUAUUAUUAUUAUUAUUAUUAUUAUUAUUAUUAUUAUUAUUAUUAUUAUUAUUAUUAUUAUUAUUAUUAUUAUUAUUUUUAUUAUUAUUAUUAUUAUUAUUAUUAUUAUUAUUAUUAUUAUUAUUAUUAUUUUUAUUAUUAUUAUUAUUAUUAUUAUUAUUAUUAUUAUUAUUAUUAUUAUUAUUAUUAUUAGUUCAUAUGUCACUAGUUAGAUUUCUCACUGCUUCUUUCCCUUUGACGGUAUUGAAGGAAGAAUCUUGA